AUGUCACUUUUCGGCGGCGGCACGACGUCGGCCUCGACGAGCCACACCAACACCACCGGCGAUAUCUCCAAGGAUGUCGCCCUCAACAAUCCCCCCGAGGAUGGCAUCUCGGAUCUUCGCUUCUCACCCACUAACGAACACUUGGCCGUAGCCUCGUGGGAUAAGAAAGUCCGCAUCUACGAAAUCAACGACCAGGGUCAGAGUGAAGGAAAGGCACUCUUCGAGCACGAAGCUCCAGUUUUAAACUGUUGCUGGUCUCCAGAUGGAACCAAGGUUGUCGGUGCCGGUGCCGACAAGGCAGCCCGCAUGUUCGAUCUCGGAACAGGCACAACAACCCAAGUUGCCGCACACGAUGCCCCAAUUCGAAGCUGCCACAUGAUCCCCAAUCCCUCCAUUGGCGGAUCACCGCUCUUGAUCACCGGUUCGUGGGACAAGACCGUCAAAUAUUGGGAUCUGCGCCAGUCUACCGCAAUCGCCUCCGUCGAGUGUCAGGAGCGUGUUUACACCAUGGACGUCAAGAAUAAAUUGCUAGUCAUCGGUACCGCAGACCGCUACAUCAACAUAAUCAACCUCGACCAGCCAACCAAGUUCUACAAGACCAUGCAAUCACCUCUCAAGUGGCAGACGCGGGUAGUCAGCUGCUUUUCCGAUGCCUCGGGCUUCGCCGUCGGUUCCGUCGAGGGCCGUUGCGCCAUCCAGUACGUCGAGGAGAAGGACUCCGCGUCAAACUUCUCCUUCAAGUGUCACCGUGAAACCCCGCCUGCAAGUCGCGAUGUCUGCAACAUCUUCUCCGUUAAUUCUAUCACAUUCCACCCCGUUCACGGUACCUUCAGCACCGCCGGUUCUGACGGCACUUUCCACUUCUGGGAUAAGGAUGCCAAGCACCGUCUCAAGGGCUAUCCCGCUGUUGGCGGGCCUAUCACUACCACCGCUUUCAACCGCACCGGAAAUAUCUUCGCUUACGCCGUCAGCUACGACUGGAGCAAGGGUUACUCUGCCAAUACCCAGCAGACCGUCAACAAGGUCAUGCUGCACCCUAUUGGGCCCGAGGAGACAAAGCCCAAACCUAACACGCGCAAGCGUUGA